GAGAGAGCAUCAUCGUCUUUCUUUAUAAACCCUAAAUCGCCUUCUCAGUUCCCCACUACUUUAUCGAUUCAACCAUUUAGGGCGAACCCGAAAUCUGGGUCUGUAAUUUCGUGACCGUAAGAGCGAUGGCGACGACAGGGACUGCAGCGGUUGCGACGGGAACGUCGACGACGGCGAAGAGAAAACCGGUGUUUGUGAAGGUGGAACAGCUAAAGCCUGGAACGGGAGGUCACACAUUGACUGUUAAGGUCGUUGAUGCGAAUCCGGUGGUUCCUGUUACCCGGAAGGCUCGUACGGGGACUUCUCUGAGUCGUCCUUCUCAGCCCAGUCGAAUCGUCGAGUGUCUCAUCGGAGACGAAACCGGAUGUAUUCUCUUCACUGCUCGUAACGAUCAAGUUGAUAUCAUGAAGCCAGGGGAGACGGUGAUACUGCGCAAUUCAAGGAUAGACAUGUUCAAGGGCACAAUGAGGCUAGGGGUUGAUAAAUGGGGACGUAUCGAAGCCACUGAACCUGCGUCUUUCACAGUCAAAGAGGAUAACAAUCUGUCUCUUGUUGAAUACGAACUGAUUAACGUUGAUCAGUGAUCUUAUUAGUAUGUGUAUGGAAGUUAACCCUUGAGAGUGUUUGGUUCUGAUUCUUCUACCGUGGAGGUCUUUUGAUUUUUAGAUUAUGAAGAUUUGUAUGACUGGUCCAGAGAUGCUUGUAAGAAUGCUUUCUUUUUAUCCUAAAACACGAACUAAGGAUCUCGCUUUUUAGAA